AUGCGAGCCGGACCAAUCGGCACGGAACUGGACUUCUUACGAGGUCCCACGAUUGGAAGCUCGGAACGUGGAAUUUUCAGCAUCGUAGCGCUGCAGGAGGUUGGCUGGAUAGGCGCGGAGGAGGUGCAAGAGUACAGAAGGAUUGGCUGUACAAUCUACCAGAGCCGCGGCGAGAAAAAGAGGCUGGGGAAAGCCUUUAUAGUGCUGGGCGAAAUGCACGAUCGUGUGAUUGGGUGGACCCUGCUCACCGACCGAAUGUGCGUGUUGAGGGUUAAGGGCCGUUUCUUCAACAUCAGCAUCAUAAACGUGCACAGCCCGCACUCAGGAAGCGAAGAUGACGAGAAGGACGCAUUUUACGAGCAGCUGAACUGGACGUACAACAGCUGCCCAAAACAUAACGUCAAAAUCGUCAUCGGAGAUUUUAACGCUCAGGUUGGCCAGGAGGAGGAAUUCAGAUCGGUGAUAGGAAAGUUCAGCGCCCACGUACGCACGAACGAAAAUGGCCUGCGACUGAUCGACUUCGCCACCUCCAAAAACAUGGCCGUACGAAGCACCUGCUUCCAGCACAACCUCCGAGACAAGUACACCUGGAGAUCACCGCAAGGAACGGAAUCACAAAUCGACCACGUUGUAAUCGACGGUAGACACUUUUCCGACAUCAUCGACGUCAGGACCUAUCGCGGCGCCAACGUCGACUCGGACCACUAUCUGGUGAUGGUGAAAAUGCGCCAACGACUUUCCCUGGCGAAAAGCGUUCGGUACCGCCGCCCUCCGCGGUUGGAUCUGGAGCGACUUAAGUUACCGGAAGUCUCCCGGUACGCGCAUUCGCUGGAGGCUGCGUUGCCAGGAGGGUGA